AUGAAGCAGCUUUCUCUUCCGCUCCUUUUGUCGUUUCUCGCCCUCCCCGCGGAGCUCGUGGGCGCCAUUCGGUUGGACGUGCACGGCCGGGCGAGGCAGCCAUGGCGCAGGGACAGCAUGACCGGCUCCUCGGGGCUCACGGACCACAGCAACAUCCAGUACUAUACGAACCUUACGCUGGGCGGGCAGGACUUUGAGGUGGAGAUUGAUACGGGGAGCGCCGACCUGUAUGUCGCGGGGAGCGUGACGAGCAGUAAAGACACAGGGAAGAGCGCAGGGGUCACGUAUGCAGUGGGCGCGGUCAACGGCGAGAUCAGGACAGCCACGAUGGACUUCCUUGGAUACACCGUCGAGAACCAGGCGUAUCUACAGAUAGCCGCGAACAGCAACAACCAGACAUCCGGGACAGGCCUGAUCGGACUGGGUCCGCACACGGGGUCCAACAUCCAGGGCACGCUGGGCAACGGGACGGGGAACCCGCCACUGGACCGGAUAUUCCAGCAAAACACGUCGACACCAAACUACCUGACUGUGCUGCUCGGCCGGUCGGACGACAAGUUCGACGACGUGCCGGGGAACAUCACGAUCGGGGAGGUGCUGCCUGGAUACGCGAACAUCUCGUCGCAGCCGAAGCUGAACGUGACGGAGCUGAAGCUGACGGAGUCGUCGGCGCAGCACUGGCAGACACUGCUUGACGUGAACGGCAUCAUUGGGCCGGACGGGACGUCGGUGGAUGUGACGAGUGGGGUGUCGACGACGUCGAACGACAAGCAGUUGACGGUCGUGUUUGACACGGGCUACUCUUUACCGCAAGUCCCGAGCGCCGUCGCGAAGGCGUUUUACCAAAAUGUCCCUGGGGCUCAGUACAUCGACAAUGUCGCGUCGCUUGCUGGUCCCGCAUGGCAGAUCCCGUGCGACUACGAGGUGAACGUUACGUUCAAAUUCGGUGGAAACAGCUAUCCGAUCAAUCCUCUGGACGCGGCAUUGGACCUGGGAGCUACUGACAGCGACGGCAAGUCAAUAUGCUACGGCGGAUUCCAGCCUAUAGACGCUGCGAAGAGCGACCUUUACGACAUCAUCUUUGGCAUGGCGUUCCUCCGCAAUGUGUACAUGCUGAUCGACUACGGCGACUUCGCGGACAACGCGACGUCGCGCGCGGACCCAUACAUCCAGCUGCUCUCCAUCUCGAACGACUCCGCCUCACUGCACUCGGACUUUGUCUCGAUCCGCGGGUCCGCGUCCUGGGACCCCACGUCUGAGUCCACGUCCACCUGGGUGAAGGACCACCUGAAGCUGGUCAUCCCGCUGAGCAUCGCGGUCGCGCUGCUCCUGAUCGGGCUGACAAUAGGCGCGGUGGCGAUGUGCCGGAGGCGGCGGGCGACACGGUACCAGCCGCUGAGCGACCCCGCGCCGCAGGAGGCGCACGACCUCCAUCUCAUGCGCGCGGACGGCACGCCGGCGUAUGCGAACCCCUGGGACGCACGGUAUUGA